AUGGCAGUUACUGGCUACUUUCUUGACUCAGAGUGAAACUACUGUGAGAUUCUCCUUGGUUUUGAGCCACUCCACGGAGCCCACUCUGGUGCAAACCUAAGCACUGUUCUCUUAAAACUCCUUCAGCAGCAUCAGAUUACAGACUGGGUAUUAGCCUUUACAACAUACAGCGCCUCUAAUAAUAGCACAUUGAUGUCAAGUGUUCAAGAAGCAGUUCAGUCCCUUGAUUCCAGCAAUGACACUUUGAUCAUUCAGGUUCCAUGCCUUGUGCAUGUUAUCCAGCUUAGUCUCAAAGAGCUACUUGGGGAGGUGAAGGCAGACCCCAAGAAUAAUACAACAGAGAUGGAAUGGAUGGAGUCUUCUACAAGCUCUGUUCAACAGACCAAGGAGAUAGCGAAUACAUUAAACAAGGUUCGGGCAUUACCUGUCUUCAUUAAUGCAAGCCCUCAGCGCCGGGAAGCAUUCCAAAGCUUACAGUCUGAAUUGCCAAAGCUUGUUCCAAUUCAAGACAUUCAAUCCCGCUGGAACUCCACAUUCUUGAUGUUUCGCCGUGCCAAACAACUACAAUCAACAUUUGAUGAGUAUUGUGUUGAAUAUGAACAGCCUAUCUAAAAUUAGAUACAGAGGAGUGGCGUCAGAUUGAGUAUCUACUGUGACGGUCUCGAGCAAUAUGAAUCUAUUGGUAGACUAUCUGACGAAAUUCUAACAUGAGGAGAGAAAGGAAAUGGGCAGGGCCUGCCGGCAACGGGC